AUGAAGCAGCGUUAUUCGUCUUUGGACGUUAAGGUCAUCGCGCACGAGCUCUCGAGCAGCCUCUGCUCGUUGCGCGUAGCUAACAUCUACGACCUGUCCACCCGCAUCUUCCUCUUCAAGUUCCAAAAGCCGAACCAUCGAGAGCAGCUCCUCGUCGACUCGGGUUUCCGAUGCCACCUCACGAGCUUCGCGCGCGCAACUGCCGCCGCACCCUCGCCCUUCGUGGUGAGGCUACGCAAGUUUCUCAAGACUCGGCGUGUCACAUCCAUCAAGCAAAUAGGCACCGACCGUAUAAUCGAGUUCCAAUUCUCCGACGGCCUGUACCGCGUCUAUCUCGAGUUCUACGCCGGCGGCAACGUCAUCCUCACGGACAGCGAACUCAACAUCCUUUCGCUUCUGCGCACCGUGGACGAAGGCGCCGAGCAUGAGAGGGUCAAAAUGGGAAGCAAGUACAACCUGACGGAGAGGCAGAAUUACGACGGCGUGCCCGAGUUGACCAGGGAGCGCGUGCGAGAAGGCUUGCAGAAGGCGGUCGAAAGGCAACAAGAAUUGCCGGACAAGCGAGCGAAAAAGAAGGGCAAGGAUGCGUUGCGAAAGGCGUUGGCGGUAUCCAUCACAGAACUACCGCCGAUGCUGGUGGACCACGCCUUCCACAGCACCGGCUUCGACACCUCCGUCAAGCCGGAGCAGGUCCUGGAGGACAGCUCGUUGCUAGACGGGUUGAUGGCGGCGCUCGCCGAGGCCAAAAGAGUCGACGCUGAAAUCACGAGCGCCGAAAUCGCAAAGGGGUAUAUAGUCGCCAAGAAGACCGGCCAGCCAGCCGACAAGGAGUCGACAGAAGGUGCAGAAGAGAAGGCGCCCGCGGAAAAACUCCUCUACGAAGACUUCCACCCCUUCAAGCCGAAACAGUUCGAGGCUGACGAGUCCCUAACCUUCCUCGAGUUCGAGGGCUUCAACAAGACGGUCGAUGAAUUCUUCUCCUCAAUCGAAGGCCAAAAGUUGGAGUCUCGCCUCCAGGAACGGGAGGAAAAUGCCAAGCGGAAGCUCGAACAGGCCAAACAGGAGCACCUGAAGCGUCUCGGGGGACUACAGAGAGCCCAGGAGCUCAACAUCCGCAAAGCAGAAGCCAUCCAAGCAAACGUCGACCGAGUUCAAGAAGGAACCAUGGCGGUCAACGGGCUCAUCGAAAAGGGCAUGGACUGGGUCGAGAUCGAACGUCUGAUAGAGCGGGAACGGAAGCACGGCAACCCCGUCGCUGAGAUGAUCAAAUCGCUCAACCUUCGCGAGAAUACCGUCACUUUACUCCUCGCCGAGCCAGGUCUCGAAGAUGACGACGAAGAUUUCGAGGGUAGCGAGACCGAGAGCGAGUCUUCAGAUGACGAAGAGGAGGAGGGGCAGCAGCAGCGCAAGAAGCCGGCCGCGAAGCCCGAGGAUAAACGGCUUCCCAUCGAUAUCGACUUGAGUCUUACUCCGUGGGCCAACGCGAAAACGUAUUUUGAUCAGAAGAAAUCGGCAGCGGCGAAGGAGGAAAGGACCUUGGAAGCCUCACAAAGGGCUUUGAAGAGCACACAAAAGAAGAUCGAGGCCGACUUGAAGAAGGGCUUGAAGCAGGAGAAGGAGCUGCUCAGGCCAGUAAGGAAACAGUUUUGGUUCGAGAAGUUCAUGUACUUCAUAUCAUCUGACGGAUACCUGGUUCUUGGAGGCAAGGAUGCCCAACAGAACGAGAUACUGUACAGGCGUUAUUUGAAAAAGGGUGAUGUUUACGUUCAUGCCGACCUCAACGGAGCGGCGAGCGUCAUCAUCAAGAACAACCCUUCUACUCCCGACGACCCGAUCCCCCCGUCGACUCUGUCACAGGCCGGCAACCUCUGCGUUUCGACCUCCUCGGCGUGGGACUCGAAGGCAGUAAUGUCAGCAUGGUGGGUCAACGCGGAUCAAGUUUCCAAAACCACCCCGACGGGCGAAUACCUUCAAGCCGGUGGCUUCAUCAUCAACGGCAAGAAGAACUUUUUACCGCCUGCUCAACUGCUCCUCGGAUUCGCAGUCCUCUUUCAGAUCACCGAGGAAAGCAAGAAAAACCACAACAAGCACAGGCUGACCGAAGGAAACGUUCCCCCUAAGCCUGCCGCACCGCAACCCAGCCUGGAAUGGGAGGAGAAGCCCGAGGAGACGGCAGGACAGGAUGAGGAUGAGGAUAGCGACGAAGACUUUCCAGACGCAAAGCUAGGAUCUGCCUCGGACGAGAGCGACGACGAGCAGCAAAACCGCGACAACCCGUUGCAGUCGGGCGGUGCUAAUGCAGCGGAUGGAGGAAAUGACCCCGAAUCGGAAGAGGAAGCCGAACAGGAGGAAUCCCCGAGCCCAGCGCAGGAGGAAGAAUCCAAGAAUGUAGCUGAAACGGUUCAGCCGAGGGAGGAGACCGAACGCCAAGGCGAAUCGGAGAGCAAGCAAGAAAAGCAGGGCAAAACGACUGGAAAGCGUCAUCUCUCUGCGCGUGAGCGCAGACUGCUUCGCAAGGGCAUCAAUCCCUCGGAGCUCACCACGCCCGCUGCCGGUUCUACCAACGGCAGCGAUGAUGAAGGCGACACCGUCUCGAUAGCCCCUACCGAAGCCACCACUCAGAUUUCCAGUCAAAAGCAAAAGCAAGCUCCUCUUCCCAGAGGAAAGCGUGCCAAGGCGAAGAAGGCUGCGCAGAAGUAUGCCGAACAAGACGAAGAGGAGCGCGAACUCGCCCUUCGCCUCCUCGGCGCGAAGCCUGCUGGCACAGAAUCCGGCGAGCCGGAGACGCCCAAGGUCAGCAAGGAAGAAGAGUUACAGGCUCAGAAGCAACGCCGUCGGGAACAGCACCAACGCGCCCAAGAGAAGGGCAAGGCGGACGAGGAGCGCCGGCGCGCGGCGCUCGAGGGCGCGCUCGGCGAGGACAACGAUCCGGCGGUCGAGGAGGAGGCGAAACAGCUCUUCGAGCAGAUCGGCAUCGACGCCUUCACCGGCCGGCCGCUUCCCGGAGACGAGCUCGUCGCCGCCAUGCCCGUGUGCGCGCCGUGGUCGUCGCUCGCGACGUACAAGUACAAGGUCAAGCUGCAGCCCGGCGCUCAAAAGAAGGGCAAGGCGGUCAAGGAGAUCUUGGGGAGGUGGGACGCUGCCUUCAAGGAGCCGAGGGCGUUUGACAAGGAGAGCAAGGACGUGGAGAGGAUUUGGCCGAAGGAGGCGGAGCUGGUGAAGGCGUGGAAGGAAACGGAGGUUUACGGCGUGGUACCCGUGGGGAAGGUGAGGGUAAUGCUGAGCGGUGGAGGAGGAGGCGGUGGUGGUGGGGAUAAGGGCAAGGGGAAGAAGAGCGCGAGGGGUGGAAGGGGUUCGAAGAGGAAGUGA